AUGAUGAUCCAAAAAUAUGUGAAACAGAGGAUGAGCAGAGGAAGGGAGAACAAGAGAAGAGAAGAGAGGAGAGAAGAGGAUAGAUCUGGAGAUGAGAUGGAGCAGGCCAAGUUACCGACCGAGCCGAGUGAGUACGAUGUCGCCGCUGCCGACGGCUUCAGGCUGCUCUUCUCCACCUGCUCCUCCCCUUCGCCCGAGCCGAGCGAGUACGAUCUGUUUGCUUGGAGUUGGAGUUCUCGCGCCGCUGCCGCUGCCGACGGCUUCUGUUCCCGCUCCUCCCCUUCGCCGCUGUCUAGCAAGCCGCCUUCCAUUGCCGGUGAGGUUGAGGUUGAAGGUGAGGCCCUCGUCUCAGGAAUGGACAACCACCCUUCCGAAGCAGCCGUUCAUGAGCUUUCCCCGAUUGGCCGCAGCGUUCUUAACAUCAACCAGGAGGUUGCAGCCGCGGCGCCGCCGCAUUUCUUGACUAGGAGUAGAUCAUCAGGAAACUAUGACUUGCAGGCACAACGGCGUCUCGAAUUAUUCAUGGCCGACUUGGAGGCAGGAGAACAAGGAGUUGGCGCCCGGCGCACAGGCGGUGGUGCCGCCGCUCCAGUUCAAGAACCAUCGGUGGUUUUCAAAAUGCUCGAAGGUGCUAUGGUGCAAGCUUAUGCCGCAUCCCUACCAGCGUGCGUGACGGCGUACCCUCUGUUAAAGGACACUCCUGAUCACGUCAAGUUCACAAUUUUUGGUGGCCUGGCGUUCAUCACCGUGGGUUUGUUCGCCGGGAUCCUGUCCAGAUCGGUGGCUCGUCGUGGGCUGGCGAUCAGGCUGGUGUCUUGUUCGGCUAUUGCGGUCUUGACAUUCAGCGUCGCGUCUCAGCUCGCUGGACAUAAUGGGGAGGUUGCAGCCGUUACACCCGUGAAGGCUCUGUUGAUAACUGUGUGA